AUGGGCGCUGAGCCAGAGCUCGUGCCCCUCCGCCCCGAGGCCGCCGUCAUCCUCGUGCCGUUCCCCGCGCAGGGCCACGUCUCCCCGAUGCUCCGCCUGGCGCGCGCCCUCGCCGCGCGCGGCGUCGCGGCCACCGUCGCCGUGCCCGACUUCGUCCACCGCCGCAUCGUCAGCGCCUGCGACCAGGCCGGCUGCGGAGACGGCGUCGGCGUGGAGCUCGCGUCCAUCGACAGCGGCGUGCCGGACGACGGCGAAGGCGAGCCCCCGGGCUUCGCCAGCUUCGUGCACACCAUGGAGCACCGCAUGCCCGCCAGCCUGGAGGAGAUGCUGAUGACGACUCGCCGCGACGUGGGGUGCCUCAUCGCCGACGUCCUGGCGUCGUGGGCGGUCCCCGUCGCCGCCCGGUGCGGCGUGCCGGCCGUGGGCUUCUGGCCGGCGAUGCUGGCGACCUACCGCGUCGUGGCGGCCAUCCCGGAGCUCAUCGACAAGGGGUUGAUCUCAGAUUCCGGCAUUCCCAUAUCGACCAAAAGAUUAAACAAUGGCGAACAGAAAGUAAACGGAGACUACCAGAUUGGCGACGGCCUCCACGUAUUGCCUGGAGUGCUAGAGCUGAGUACGGCAGAACUGCCGUGGCUCGUGGGCGACGCAGCGUGCCUGAAAUCAAGAUUCGCCUACUGGCUCUGGAUCAUGGAGCGCGCAAAGGGCCUCCGCGCCAUCCUCGUCAACACCUUCCCCGCUGAAGCUGUCGCCGGCGACGACUCCGCCAAGCACCUUCAUGCGUCACAGGCUCCGCAGAUCCUCCAAGUCGGACCACUGCCAACAAAUGGCAGCUUCAGUUGCGGCACCAAAGACGAUCUGCUGCGUGAUGACUCGCCACCCGUCAAGAACCCUAGCAUGUGGCAAGCGGACGAGACCUGCAUGGAGUGGCUAGACCAGCAGCGUGCGGGGUCGGUGAUCUAUGUCUCGUUCGGAAGCUGGGUCCCGUCGAUCGGGCGAGACGCGAUCAACGAGCUCGCGCUGGGUCUGGAGGCCACCGGCCGGCCGUUCAUGUGGGCGCUCAAAGACGAGCCGUCGUGGCGAGAAGGCCUCCCCAGCCAGUACGCGGAGGCGGUCGCCGGCCGUGGCAAGAUCGUCGAUUGGGCGCCGCAAGAAGACGUCCUCCGACACAGGGCUCUCGGGUGCUACCUGACGCACUGCGGGUGGAACUCCACGCUGGAGGCCAUACAGCAUGGGGUGCGCCUGCUGUGUUACCCUGUGUCCGGCGAUCAGUUCAUCAACUGCGCUUACAUCGUCAAGAUGUGGCAGACGGGGAUCAGGCUUUCGAGCACGAAGAGAAGUGUCGUGGAAGAUUGUGUCGAGAAGAUCAUGGAAGGAGAAGAGGGAAGGCGUAUGCAGGACAAGGUUGUGGUGUUGAGGCAAAGAGUCAUGAUGGGUGAGGCGAGAUGCGCGGCGAAGAGAAACCUAGACUCUUUUGUGGAUGGAAUCAUGAGAGGUGACUUUGUGUUAGGGCAAUUAUAAGUUUAUAAAAUCACAAAAAAUGUUUGUGGAUUUUUUU